UGCAGCACGUGGCGUGACGUAACGUCAUGGGGUCCGCACUCAGCAACGAUCCUCCCAUCGAGCCGAUCGAUGUGCCGGACACAGAACCCGGGUACCCUCCACCCAGCCCGCCACUGACUCGGAAGGAGGAGAUCUACACCCACGUCUUCUUUCAGGCACUUGACACCAGAGCUCAGGAGGCACCGGAGUCUUUGAACUCCAGCUACAGCGCUCUCAUGGAAUACUUGCUGGAAGGUGUGGUCAGCGAUUUACAGAAGGUCAGGGCGAUCUUCGCAUGGCUGUCUGCUCAGCAAAUUGAAAUAAUGAGAUUCCCCAAGGUGAAGAACGCUUACUCACCAGAGGGCUACAUGAAAUUAAUUCAACAGGGCGAGGGUACUUACACUGGCUUCUUCGCUUUACUCUGCAGGGCGGCUGGUCUACCCUGUGUGGUGGUCCGCGGGGUGGCGAAGGCCGCCGGGUACGAGGUGGGGCAACAGGGGAUGGUGGGGCUGCACUCUCUGUGGAACGCCGUGUGGGUGGACGGCACCUGGCGACUCGUGCACCCGUACUGGGCCGCCGUGGAGCUCAAGGGCUUCCAGCCGGGUGGCUGGACCAAAGUGGAGGAGAACGGCCAAUCAUUGAGAGAGGCGGAGCGGGUCUCCUCAGGGAAAAAAAUAUACACCACAGACGAGUUCUGGUUCCUGACAGAUCCAGAACAAUUUGUUUACUUUUGCUUGGCAUCAAAGCCUGAGUGGCAGCUGCUGAAACAACCCUGGGAGCUGUCCAAGUUUGUCAAUGUGCCACAGUUCACCAAGUACUACUUUGGCUGUGGACUGACGCUCACCUCCCAGCACGCAGCCAUCUUGAAGUCCCACAACGGGAGAUGUGACAUUUCACUGGGCCACUCCGAGUAUCUCGAUGCUGCCCUGGAUUAUUCCCUGUACUUCGACGACAGAAGCUCUGAGCACAAGUUGAGGUCAGCUUUGCAGUUGGACAAAUACGUUAUUCGCUUUGGAGACGAGAGAAAAAAAUGUCUUCGAAUUCGAUUCCCAGUAGCAGGUAUCUACAAAAUCAAGGUGACUGGCGUGACGGACUCUCGCCACCAUAUUUGCUCCUUUCGUCUGGAAUGUGACCAGGUCCCUGAGGACACUCGCCCCUACCCGAGUAACCCGGCGAUAGGAUUCGGGGUGGGCAAGGCCGCCGAAGAAGUAGGACUUGUCAAUCCUCAGAAGAAUGGCCUUGUGGUUGUGAACCCCGGGGAGACAGCCAAGUUCCAUUUCAAGUGCACGGAGGAGCUGGACCUCGAGGCCAACCUCUUGCACCGAGAGCAGGCGGCGUCCGACCUCGCGUCCAACGUCAACGUUGAGCAGACUGACGAUGACGUCACCAUUGCGGUCAAGGUUCCGGAGCAUGCGCGUGACCCGGAGUACGCGCUCGAGGUCAACGCGAAGCCAAAGGGGGCGAAAGGUCCUCGCAAGAAUGUCGCCAACUAUCUCCUCAGCUCCGGAAGAGAAGAACCGGAGGGCAACGACGAGUGCUCUGGGUAUAAACGGGAGGACAGCCACGGGAAACACAGGAACCACAAACUGAUGAGCAUCGACAAGGGGACUACAGAGGAGCCGGACUCUCGCCGGAAGCUGGUGGACGCUGCCCGACAGGAUGACAUCGAGCGGCUGGAGAAGGCCAUCCAGGACUUUGAAAAGGCCAAGCUGCCUGACCUCGGGGAAAAGGCCAAGGCCAGAAACAGACUGUACCAACUACAUGAAGCUGCCCUGAGACAGGCCAUCAAGAGCCGCAGCGCCGACAGACUGGACGAGGUGAUUCGCCAGGCACUGCAGUCCCACGUGGCGUUCGAGUUGUACGGAAGUGACGUCAUGAAGGAAGCCGAGGAUGUCCGGCGGCAGCUGAGGCGCCUGAGGCUGUACAUGCACAAGGUGCUGCAGCUCGAGCCCAUGACCGUCUCCGAGAUCUACAGCUACCACCGACCUCGACCUCUGGUGCACGAGGUCAUGAAGGCCACGUUCCUCUGCUGGGCGAGAAGGAGCAGCAGCUGGAGCAAUGGGAGUUCAUCCAGAGCCUUCUGCGCAAGCAGGGAAGGGAGAGCAUCAUCCGGCGGAUCAAAGCCUUUGACAUCAUUGACGUGGAGCCACGAAGCGAGAGAGAGCGCAGAGAGACUCCUCCGCCACUGCAACAAGUUCCUCGUGAGACAAACCAGCGCCGGGGCAGGAACCUUCUAUAAAUGGAGCAAGAACAUCGUCAACGAAGCGAAGAAGCUCGAUAAUCGACAAAAGUUUUCUCUGGAACCUUCUGCUGUCAGGAAGACAAGCGUCCCUGUGGUGGACACAGCAUGAAGGGAAACAUCUUGAGCUGAGGACACCGGGGAUGAGGACAUCACCACGAGUACAGACACCAGAAGUAGCCACAACAUCGUGUACAUCACAAUGAGCAUGAUGUCGCACAACAGAUACACUGCAUACCUACACACUAAAUACCUUAACACAAUCCAGGCAUCAACUUAGUACACAAUACUACAGAAGACAUCCACUUCCACACCCAGACACACACAUAUAUGUAUAUAUAUAUGUAUACUAUGUAAAAGGGCACCGCUGCACUUGUUAAUUAAUGAAGUAGCUCAAUUAGUUCAGACAUGUCCAGUAAUAUUACUACUUUAACAAGGCCUCCUAUUUUUAGAAUGUGAACAUUUGUUUCUAUAUCGUUGUUGUAUGAACAGUUGGUUUAAUGCGCUGUGCUGUCAAAUGCAGAAUUCGGUCUGUUUGGACCUUGAGUAGCAGGAGAGUUUUAUUACAGAACUGUUCAUUUCUUGUUCACUACUUUUGUUACGGUAUAGAUUAUUUAGGUAAUAAUUCAGUGAACACAAACAUUUUAUUAGAAAGGAGAGAAGAAAAAGAGACAAACACAACCAGAGAAAGACUUCUGUUACAUUUUGAUACAUGUAGAUAAAGAGUUGGAUUACAAGUCAUUUUUUAAUGACAGAGCAAUCAAAAUGUUUUAGUUUGAAAUUUGAGACACGGAAGAUGCUGAUAUUAUUUCUGUCACAUAAUUAUUAUGUAAGCCAGCAGGUCAUGUGAUGGUCACGACAGGGACAUUAAAUGGCGAGAGUUGAUGUCACGUGGUAGAAGAAUAAUGGCAGCCACUGUGUACUUGAAAUAAUUGCCAUUACUAUUGCAUGGGAGGUAGUGAAGGAUUGAUGGUGGAGAAUUUUCACCUGCACACGUGGGUAGAAAACAUGUCUCCAGCCAACCUGUAGCCGCCAUCUGCACUAACGGGUACCUGUGUUACUGCACUAACGGGUACCGUCUUAUCAAGGACUGUAGGUGGCGCCUUGUUAGACACGCACCACACAUUCGUUACUAUUAAGGCCACAGAAGUAACAAUACAGAUUUACCUGUGACUGGCAACGGCCCAGGACAGUAAAUGUGAUUGAAGACUCUGUCUCGCCCACCCUGAAGACGAGCUAAUAGAAAAGGUCAGAUACAGGUCAGAUACGAGUCGUUUCUUAUCACACUGAGAGGGUUGGGGCUACCUUCUCCUGCCAUGAUCUGAGGUCCCCUCAACGCUCCCUCCAACCAACUGCCAUUAGGCUGUUGGGAGGCCUGGGGGUACCCUGGUGCUGGUGUUUGUGUACACUGAGGGAGCGAUGAAGGGAGAGUCUGUAUAAACCUUUUCCGUAUCGGCGUGUAGUGACGAGACUGGUCAGAACUUCAAACAGGACAAGCCCACAGAAUCUUUUACACCAUGAAAAAUGGUCAACAGCAUCUUAAGACAAAAUUAUUAAAAGUAUCGAUCUGCAACCCCGGUUCAUUUAGUAAAGAAAGUGAACUAUUAACUUAAAAAGUAAAUGAACACCAGAAGGAAGAAAUGAACGAAAAAAAAAAAACACAAAAAUA